AUGACUUUAGUGUUUCAGGAGUCAGUGACCUUCAAGGAUGUGGCUGUGGACUUCACCUGGGAGGAGUGGGGGCACCUGGACCAUGCUCAGAAGGAGCUUUACCGGGAGGUGAUGCUGGAGAACUAUGGAAACCUGGUCUGCCUGGAUGUGAUCCAUCAGCUGGAGCGAGGUGGAGCACCGUGGUGUCCAGAGGGCUACAUCCCAGAAAGCAGUCAUGCAGAACUUACCAAAAAGCGUGGAAUACAUGUUGGAGAGAAAAGUUAUGAGUGUAAUUUAUGUGGGAGGAUUUUCCGUCAGAGCACAGGACUUAUUCAACAUUAUAGAAUUCAUACAGGAGAAAAACCUUAUAAAUGUAAUGAAUGUGGAAAGGCCUUCCGUCAGAGCUCAGGCCUUAUUCAACAUCAUAGAAUUCAUACUGGAGAGAAACCUUAUAAAUGCAGUGAAUGUGGAAAGGCCUUCUGCCAAAACUCGGGCCUUACUCAACAUCAGAAAAUUCAUACUGGUGAGAAACCUUAUGAAUGUAAUGAAUGUGGAAAGACUUUCCUCCGAAAUACUGAAUUAACUGAACACCAGAUAACUCAUACUGGAGAAAAACCUUAUGAAUGUAGGCAGUGUGGAAAAGCCUUUUGUCAGAGGGCAGAGCUUAGUCGGCACCAUAAAAUCCAUACUGGAGAGAAGCCGUACAAAUGUAAUGAAUGUGGGAAGGCCUUCCGUCAGAUAACACACCUUACACAACAUCAGAAAAUCCACACUGGAGAGAAGCCUUAUGAAUGCAGGGAAUGUGGGAAGACCUUUCGCUACAGCUCACACCUUACUCGACAUCAUAGAACUCAUACGGGAGAGAAACCAUAUGAAUGUUAUGAAUGUGGGAAAGCCUUCCGCAGGAGUUCUCACUUUAAUCGGCAUCAGAUAAUUCAUACUGGAGAGAAACCGUAUAAAUGUAGCGAAUGUGAGAAGACCUUUCGCUGGAGCACAGGACUUAGCCGCCAUCAGAGAAGUCAUACUGGAGGGAAACCUUAUUAAUGGAAAGGAUUUGACAGUCUUCUCCAGUAGUUCAUGCCUUAUUCAGUAUUAGAGAUUCGUAUUGGAGGGAAGUUGUAUGAACAUAAUCAGCAUAGGAAUGCCUUCCCUUAGACCAUGGAGCUUAUUUAAAAUCAGCUAAUUUGUAGUGGAAGGAAAUAUGGAUAAUGCAGAGUAUGUGUGUAAUGGAGAUCCAGGAGAACAGUGCAUUCUAAUGGUCAGAGGGGAGGAAGAAAAAGGAAUGAGGGUGAACAGAAUCUUGAUGGAUAUCUAGAGGGAUGGAUUGCAAAGGUGUUAUGGUAUUUUGUAGGUUACAUUUCAUUUGUCUAAAUGUAAAUGAGUUGCAAAGUGAGUUUAAUUAUAUUAGUGUUCAAAAUCAUAUAGAGGCAGUGGGGUAGUGGAGAAAGAGCUGAUCUCAGUGUCAGGAAGACCAUGAUUCAUGAUGUCUUGGACACCUACUGGCUGGGUGAUGCUGGCCAAGUCAUAACUUCUCAGAGCUCCUGAGAUGAGUUUCAUGACUUAAAUUAAGAGAAGGUUCUUCCUCACUGUGAGCUUCCUCUACCUGUGAAAAAUUUUGUGUGCAGUGAAGAUUUUAUUUAAAAAAAAAAAAAGGUAUAUGUUCAGUGAGCUUUCAUAUUUGACCACAAUCCUCAAAAACUGUCAGAAGAGUUAAUCAUGCUUCUCUUAGUCUGGAGAAAGUGAAAUUCUGACUUAUUGCUAAGGCUAAUAAGGUUUUUUCCUCUCUGUUUCCAUCCCCACCUGUUUGCUCUAGCUGUCAUUUCUUAUUUUCACAUCUUCCAACAGGCUCCCUUCAUGGAGAUACUCCCCAUUGCCUGGAAACAUACUGCAAAACGUCUAUCUUUGAACCUCUUAUCUGAUCCAUCUCCUUUCCCUUCCUCCCUUCACUUCCAAAGCUGUGGAAAAAGCUCUCUCUUCCCAGUGUCUCCGGUUCCUUAC